UGCACCAAAUUGGUGUUUGCCAACAGCGAAGAAGGAGAAGAAGAAGAAAUUCUUCGCUGGGUUUGGAUCGAAGCUGAUCUCUAACCGCUCAGUAACUGUUAAAGGAUCAUUUAAAGAGAACAACAACAAAGAUGAGGAGACAGCAGCUCAAACGGUGGCAGAGUGCAGCAGUGGGAGAGAUUUCCCAAACGGCUGAAGAGGACAAAGAAGAUCAGCUGCGGAACAACAUCCUGGAGGCUGAUUUUAACCCCAAAGUUCUGCUGCACAGAUUAGAUGUUCAGCAGAUGCCGAUGGUUAAAGAAGAAGCUCCUGUAAACCACAGACCUUGUGCUGACCUACAUGACCUAAAGCCCUACCACAUAAAGGAGGAACAGGAGGAAGUCUACAUCAGUCUGGGUGGAGGGCAGCUCAAUGGGAAGGAGGAGAUUGAUGCCAUCAGGUUUUCAGCCAAUGCUACUCCCAUAAAGAGUGAGGAUGAUAAACAGUCUCCUCUGCUCUCACAGCUUUAUCAAGACAAAAUUAAAGGUGAAGAGCUUCCAGAAGAGAUGGACAGAGAAGAAUCCAUCAGGAUACAAGAUCACAGACAUGGUUCCAUUUCCUUAGAGACUAAGAAGGAUGAAGAUGACGUUGAUGUAGAGCACCCUGUCUCAGAGCUGAAACAUUGGAAGGAGAGCAGAGAUCCUGAAUCAGAUGGAAACAUCAACAAACCUUUUAGCUCGUCUGAGUUUGCAGAAAAGUUUGUUCAUGGUUGCUUUCUUCAAAAAGAAAUGAUUAAUUCAGAAACAGGGUCUUUAGGCUCGCAGUAUAGUGAGAAAUGUGUCGUAGAUGAGAAAAAUGUGAAAUCACCAAGGAAAGUCCAGACAGGAGUGAAUUUUACCUGUGAAGACUGUGGUAAAACAUUUGCUAGAAAACAAAGUUUAAACACACACAAAAUAAUUCACACUGGGCAGAAACCUUUCUGUUGUGAUCUAUGUGGAAAAAGAUUUACUUUAAAAGGACGUUUAAAAAGACACAUGAUAAUCCACACUGGACAGAAACCUUUCAGUUGUGAUCUAUGUGGAAAAAGAUUUACUUUAAAAGGACGUUUAAAAAGACACACGAUAAUCCACACUGGACAGAAACCUUUCAGUUGUGAUCUAUGUGGACAAAGAUUUACUUUAAAAGCAACUUUAAAAAGACACAUGACAAUCCACACUGGACAGAAACUUUUCUGUUGUGAUCUAUGUGGACAAAGAUUUACUUUAAAAGGAACUUUAAAAAGCCACAUGAUAAUCCACACUGGACAGAAACCUUUCUUUUGUGAGGUGUGUGGGAAAAGAUUUACUUUAAAAGGAAGUUUAAACAGACAUAUGAUAAUCCACACUGGACAGAAACCUUUCUGUUGUGGUCUUUGUGGAAAAAGGUUUACUGAAGAACGAAGUUUAAACAGACACAUGAUAAUCCACACUGGACAGAAACCUUUCUGUUGUGAUCUAUGUGGACAAAGAUUUAGCCGAAAACAACAUUUAAACAGACACAUGAAAAUCCACACUGGAGGGAAAAUAACUGAGGUCUGAAUGCUCAAACUGGCCAGCUACAGUUGGCUGUAAAUGUCCUUGCUCUUUCAUUAAGAACAACAGUUUUCAUUUGUUAGUUUUAGCAUUUUUCUAAUGGUUAAUUUUUAUGUUUUAGUUUUAAAAUAUUUUAGCUUACAGAAUUGAUGUUUUUUUUUUUAGCUCUCUUCACUGAAGGCAGUUAUACUGGUGUUCCAGUUUAAUUUCCCUUGAAGGUGAGAGUUUGGGCCAGAUGUUUGAAAUGAGGAGAACCCUAUGUAAUCUUUCUCAUUAAUAGAUAAAACGGGCUAAGACUAAGAGUGUGAAAUGGCCUUCUCAGAUCCCUGAUCUAAAAGUUUGUGGAGGUUGGGUCUGUCACAUGAAACCAGUGAAUUUAGAUCAACUCCACCAAUUCCACCUAGAAGAGUGGUCAAAAACAGUGAAAAUGACACCAGUGCCCUCAAUCUGUGAAACAACCCUGCUUGGUAGCAAGGUUUUUGAACUAACCCUGGGUUUGUUCAACUGCUUAGCUGAGACCCGGAACAAGCAAAGUGUCAGAAAUAGUGUCCAUUUGUGGAGGUGUUUGGAGAUUUUGGAGCUCAAAUACUCCCCAGAAAUCUGUCAGGAGAGGGUGAUCAGACUGCAAUUAGAUGUAAUUUUCCAAAUGAAUACAUUUUGGAGCGUUGCUGUUUUUUUGUCACUGUCAAUAAUUGUCCCUAUCUGUCACACAGGACACCAGGGUUUAAUCCCCAACAGAUUGUAAUUCUGGUUUAUGUGAUUUGAUUCUGUAUCAUGAGCGUUCACAAAUAAAAAUAUAAGAUGCCACUGUUGGAACCACAGCCAUGGGUUAAAAAACGAAAGGAACUUUUCUGGAACUUUAAAAAUAAGUCGCAUUAACAUACUUCCAGCACAGCCAGGAACAGGAAUGACAGCGGACUUCCCGUGACGUUGCUGUUCAAAUAAAAACUCCGCUUUGCAACGGACUGACCUCUUUCAAGCAGGUUCCCAAAAGAACUGGACGGAGGGAAACGGCGCACUAAUGUCUCUGCGGGUAAACAGACAUAACUCUUUAAACUCGAUCCAAGAGUGUCAUACGAUCACGUGAUCAUAGGCACUAAGUUAAGUAGGAAUUAAUUG